AAUUUGAAGAAACAAUCAACAGAAAAGACCCGAUUCCCGUCAAAGCUUUAAAUAGCUGAAACUAACACGAUUCCCAGCUUGCUUAACUUUCCAGCUUCUUCGUCUUAUUCUCUUGCUUACGACUUCAGCUAAAGCAUCUGAAACGCGCAUACACGAAUUUCAUUGCUUUAAUAUAUAAAGAUUUAAUAAAGCCUGAUUAUAAAUAUAGUACAUAAAACAUAAGAAUAAAGAGCAGUUAUGUAUUACAUAACUAUUCUAGUACUAGUUGGAAUCUGCACCACGGGAAUUGUACGAGCUCAGAGAUCGUUGUACCAGAGCUACAGUGAGGAGGAAAAGCGACAGCUGCAGCUACAGGGGCAACGCCUGGUGCCAACACAACGGUCGUCGCAGAGGAUCCAGCCCAAUUUUCUUGAGGACAACUUAGGCGCGGAGCCUGGGUGUAAGGACCCGUGGACCACUGAGUGGACAAGAGAUCCAAGUGAUUGUACGCAGGUCCAUUUUUGCAUCCAAGGCAAGAAGCAGUGGACCAUCAACUGCAAUGACACGAGGGUGUGGUCAAACGUGGGUCACGCCUGUGUGGAGCCCAUGUCCCAGUGGGACGACUGUAACCAGGUCAUGACGACCCCGACCCUCAAUGACCCACGGUGCUCACUACAGCCGAGUGGCAUGAACCCUGACCCCGAGAACUGUGCCCAGUUCCUGGCCUGUGUCAACAUGACCGUGGUGGCCACCAUGGAGUGCCCCACCAACACCCUCUUCUCCACCCGCAACAACACGUGCGAGCUCAGCUUUAUGGUGGCCUCAGAGUGCAGGGAGCGUAGUAUCCCCGGUCACGUCAUCGUCACAACCGCUAGCCCUAUCGUGGACAAGCCUUGUGAGGGUACGUCCAACGGAGAUGUCAGUGACCCCACCCACUGUGCCAGGUUCUACAAGUGCAACUACGGCAGAGUCGUCGCCCGCAUCCGGUGUCCUAGCAACAGCGCGUUCAACGAGGAGAAGAAGAAAUGCGAUUGGCGAGCCAAUGUGCCCUGUGGCGACAGGCCAAUUUAUUAAUCCAUUUUGGCUUUUAUUUUUCAAUGUGUUCCUGGCUACAUAGUGCCGUGUUCAAUAAAGCAAAGCUGAACUGCUCAUUAAUCACCUUCAUUCUAAUUACAGAACCAGAUACGACUUCGGACAUAUUAUGUAAAUAAAGAAAUAUGUAUCUGUUACUUACAAAACAUAAUAUUCCGGAAUCGAUCUAAACUUGA